CUCGGAGUUCUGGUGCAAAGAUGAAGGUCGUAGUUUCGAGCUCAGCGUGCAGAACCGUGGAUGUGCACUGUCGAUGAGAAGUACCAUACUAGAACAAAACAGUCAUCUAGUAUUUCUAACUUUUCACUGGUAGUCUAACAUUGAUCAAUUCACAAUUUUAAUGAACUUCAACAAUCUCCUUAACUCUAUACCAAUAAUCUCCUAGUUUUUUUUCUACUUCUUCAAUUUUCCUUUUUUUUCUUUUCAUUUUCAAGGAAAUUUUAUCAAAAUAUCCAGAAGUGAAACAAUUAAUGGGACCAGAUAUUAAAUUGGUUUAUUUAAGUUCAUUUGAAGUUAUCUUACAAUUUAUGAUGGCUUUAUAUAUAUCAAUUUAUCAACCACCAUUUUUAAUAUGGUUAUUUUUAACAUAUACAAUUAGUGGAACAAUUAAUCAUUCACUUGGUUGUGCUAUACAUGAAGUUGGACAUAAUUUAUUAUUUGGUCAUAAAUAUGGUAAAGCAAAUCGUUUAUAUUCAAUAUUUAUUAAUUUACCAAUGGGUUUACCUAUAGCUAUAUCUUAUAAAAAAUAUCAUCAAACUCAUCAUAGAUGGUUAGGACAUGAAAAUGGUGAUGCAGAUAUGCCAUUAUUAUUAGAAGCAAAAUUAUUUACUCAUCCAAUUAGUCGUUUUAUAUGGAUAAUUAUUCAUCCAUUAUUUUAUGCAUUUCGUCCAUUUAUAAAACAUCCAUUACCAUUAACAUUAUGGGAAAUAAUUAAUUUUUUUAUACAAAUUAUAUUUAAUAUAAUAGUAUGGUAUUAUUUAGGUAUAUGGGCAUUAAAUUAUUUUAUUAUUGGUACAUUACUUGGUUUAGGUUUACAUCCAUUAAGUGGACAUUUUAUAAGUGAACAUUAUUUAUUUACUGAUCAACAAGCAACACAUUCAUAUUAUGGUAUUGGAAAUUAUUUAAUUUAUAAUUUAGGUUAUCAUGUUGAACAUCAUGAUUUUCCAUAUAUUGCAUAUACAAAAUUACCUAAAUUAAAAGAGAUUGCUAGUGAAUAUUAUGAUUAUUUACCAUAUCAUACAUCAUUAUGUAAAGUAUUAUGGGAUUUUAUAUUUAAACCAAAUCAUGGUCCACAAGCUCAUAGUGUUACAUCACAAGAUUUAUCAAAACCACAAAUAUACACACAUCAUUCUAUAUCAAAUAAUCUAUUCAAAUGUACUAAAGAAAUUUUACAUAAAUCUGAAUUGGAACAAUGUAAAAAACAAAAAAGAAAAAAGGAACAAUAA